CUUGGGCAGGAUGAACGCCGCUAGUGCUUUCCAGCUCUGGAAGGAUUACUUCCAGCUAGCCAAACUGGUGGAAAGGCUGCGAUGUGCGAGUCCAGGGGACGACGACGACCCCAAGCGGCCCCUGGUCCCGCAGCCGCCGCAGGACUGGCACCAGCCGGCUGUGGUGGGGGAGAGGGCCCCCGAAGAGCCCACCUGCUCUUUCUGUAGGCACAACGGGGAAUCGAGGCACAUUUAUACCUCACACCGGCUCAAGGACGAGGCUGGGAGGGUGCAGUGCCCGAUCCUAAGGAACUACACGUGUCCUCAGUGUGGAGCUUCCAAAGACACGGCUCACACGAGACGAUUCUGCCCCUUAACUAAGAAGGGCUACACCUCGGUGUACAACAGCUUCAUCAGGAAUUCUGCUGGAAAGAAAAGAAAGGUUUAAAAGCAUCAAGAACAAGCAUCUGAAGGGAUCCUUCUGAUCUAAUACAAUACAACAUUUAGCAUUUUUCCUGAAGCCUUGGAAGAUUCCAGUUUUAAUAACUCACCUGAUUGGUUGAUCUGCAGAAAUCGACUCAUAAACCCUCCAGAGAAAACAUGAAGAGAUACAGAGAGGUCUGGAUGACAUAUUUUAUGCAGGAUGCACAUUAAGUAUUAGACCCCGGCAAUGAGUUCUCCCAGUGUUAGCACGAUUAACUCAUUUCAAGCAAUUCCUACUUUUUAGCUAGCUGCACUUUUUGCUUGAACAAUCUUACAUUCAUUUUUAGUUGCAGAUGUUUCAGAGUUUAUGGUAAAGGAAGUUUCCCCAAAAGAAGACUUUUAGCUGAUAUUUCAUCAGUCCCAUGUCCCUCAUG